UGUUGUUCGAAUGGUGGCUUCGGUUCUUCUUGUUAUUUAUUGUAAAGAUUUUCGAAAAAAAUACAAAUUAUAUGUGAUUGAAAAUGUUGUGACAGUGUAAUAGGUCAUUUAGUGUUUCCUACGAAUUCGAAGACUGUUUAUUUAGAUUAGUUGUCGGGAAAAUCCGUAAAUAUGUCGGACUUGUCGUUGCAACGAGAUCUUGUGAUAUCUCUAAAACGAGAGACGUUAUUAAACAUUGGGAUACUUAGCAAGCUCCAUCCGAUGUCUUCUGACUUGUCCCGGAUGCUGAAAGAAAAUUGUUUGGAGAAACCUACUCAAAAUGUGUUUAAUCAUCUGGCGCAUUACUUGGUUUGUAUUAUCGAUCCUCAGGUUACCUUGCCUUGGCCUUUGUAUGACUCGAAAACAGAAAGAACUUAUAGAAAUGAGCUUUCAGUGUUCGUUGCUGACUACAGCAGUAAAAGUUUGCUGUCUCCAGUGAUGUCCUCAUAUUUCGUUAACCCAAAUUGCUACAAGGUCACUCUGUUAAUGUUUCAAAUGUCUCAAUUGGCUGUCCAACGCGUUUUACUAAUGAAAAUGGACAAAGAACACCAAAAGAAACUCUUCAAUGAAAUGACUGAAAAAUACAAGUCUCAGAAAGAGGAGGGAUUUAUAGAGAGUAUUGAAAAAGAGACAGAAAUAAUGUUGAGUAAGUUCUCUAACUAUCUGAGGAAGCGAGAAAUUAUGGAGAAAAUUGCUAAGAAGUUACGAGAUCGCAUCACACAGAUGGAAAACAAGUUAAAAACAACAAAUGCACAAGGAUUCAUUGACAAUUUAGUUGAUGGUUAUGUUAAAAAACAUUCACUGGAUGAAGACACAAAAAUGGAAAUAUUAAAAAUAAAAAAUAUUAAUCAGUCAGUUCCUUUCUUCGAUAAAUGGCUAGCAGAUCUAGAUAAGCAAAUGGAUGUAAUGGAAUCCAAUUGGGAUGCCAAAAUGUCUCCAUUUCUAAAACUAUCUCAGACAACUUCGGAAAACACACAAACGUUAAUAGCAAGGCAGACAGGAGAAGCAGAUAAGAAAACAUUUACGAUUGAAUUUAAUCCGAAAACUGAUGACAUUUCUACGCUUGAUCUUCAGAAACAAGUGAAUAGCCAACAGAAAUACAUAUUGAAAAACAUAAUUAAAGAUGAAAAAUUGAAUUUCCCCAACCUAAUAAGGGGAUUUCUUAUAUCCAUUUGUUUUAUAUUGAAGAAUAUGGAAGUUGGGGAUGAGAUCUACCAGUUCAAUGAGUAUUUGGAAGGCGGACAGAGGAAUUAUAGUGAAAUUGUGUCGGCUAUGAAGAUUCUGGUUGAAAGAGUCAUGAAUGCUGAAGGAAGGCUGCAGCCACAACAAGAAACCUUCAGUACCUUCACGUCAUCGCGGGAAAUCUCCGAGAUACCUCCGUUGCCAGAUCUAUCAGACAUUAAGAUGAACAGAGAGUUCCACCACCAAACUAUAUUCGAGACUUUCACUCCUUUGCACUUUACCAAACACCAAUUCAACUUACGCAAGCAAAGAACUGGCUUUAUCAAGCCAAUGUCGAAGACUUUUGCCACACCUUUCCAUCGGGCGCCAAGAGACGACUUCUUGAAGAGUCUUAUUUCAUGUCGCGUUAGUGCAUACGACCAUAUGAACAUAACACAAAACAACAAUAUGUCUGUAAUGAAUCACACCGCUCAUAGAAUGAACGAAACCAUUGCAGAAUGUACGUCCGGCUUCACUAAACAACAAAUCUGCCGGUUGCUUUCGACUAAGAAGACAAGCAGUUCUAAGAAAAUGAAGCACAAAGUGGAUAGACCAAACAUUAAGAUCAAGAAAGGUGGUCUUUUCAAUGAAUCCAACAUUUCUAAUGACAGUAUAAAUCUGAUUAGAAGUCAUUCUUCGCCAAAUCUUUUUGAGAAUAAGGAGAAACGGUCGCGGACCAACUUAAGGUCUCGUAAGUUAUCCAUCAUGAAGGAAGAUAGUCCGUCUCUUUUGGAAGUAUCUGGAAUCGCUGCGUUAGAACGAGACAGCAAUCACAGUACACCACAAGGUGUUAUCUCACUCGAAAGCACGAGAAAGCUAAUAGAUGCUUCAAGUUUGCCUUCUAUCUCCAUGACAGUGACGCCGAGAAGCGAUGUAUCAGAUAACCCCGUAGAUUUGAAUAAAGAACUAAGCGAAUUCAAGGAACCACAGAUGAUCAAACCAAUACGAAAGAGCAAAGAGUCGUUUGGCGAAGCAAAAACAGUUGUACCACAGAGAAAAAGCACAGAAAUAGUUAAGGAGGAAACUAAAACAGAUACGCCAAAAAAUAACACACAGAUAGUAAAAAAGACAAGUUCUUUAGAGAAAAUUAUAAAUAGGUUCAAAAAAGUACGAGCAAGUGUCUUGCCAAGUGAAGGUAAUGAUGAAAAUAAUGAUUUUAAAACAAUAUUCGAGGAGAAAGAAAAUCUUAAUUCAGUCAAUGUAGAUGUAUUUACGGCAAAUAGGAAUUUACUUCCUGAUUUAUUAAGUCCAAGUUGUAGUUUAAUAGCGCCGAAGUCCAACGAUAAUUUUUUAGAUCAACUUUAUUUCGACAGUGAUGAGGAUAAGCCGAGGAAACCAAGGGAGAGUCUUGGCACUGCGCUGGGGGUAGACCAAACGUUUUUAGACCAAUUUGAUUUGAUAGACUAAUCACAAAGUUUGCCUUAUUAUAAUUUAAUAAGAAACGCCUUAAGCUU